AUGGACUUGCUCAAGAACCUGCGUCUCGACCGCUACUACUCGAGCCGAAAGGCGUCGGCGUUCGCCAAGCCGAUGUCUUUCAAGUUGACCCGGUGUAUGCAGGUCGUGCACUUUCCUGGACGCAAGACCAUGGAGAUCAUUGGAGGACGCAUGAAGCGACGAGAGAUCGUCGCUGCCGGCAGAUACUUUCCUGAGAAGGAGAACAGAGCAGAGGUAGUUUUAGUUUAUUUCAUGCUUUGUUUGAGUUUUUUUUUUUGUAUGAAUGAAUGAAUUUUUUUGUGGUUGUGCAAGAUUGAUGAGAGGGAUCAUGAUAAUCACCCGUACUGGACUUUGACGUGGAUUCUUGCAACAGUAGUUUUGGUUUAUUCAUCUCAUCCAAUUCAAAUUCCUCUACUUUUGACAUCCAGGAAACCGAAUCUAGGCGGCUGUCUGUGUCGAUCAGCGUCCAGUGUGCGGCCCGGACAUGACUAAGACGGAGUGAUCUGGUUCCUCACGCGGAGAAGACCAACAGUGGCCACCGGUUCCGUCGUCUCAUUGAUGUUCUUCUAGUACAUCGCUAUCGAGCAGGAAAGCUAGGAGGACAUCCAGCUUCAUCAAUCUAGUAGACAGACUUGUUGGUGCUGUCGAUGUGAGGUUGGAUUGCGAAUCUCAUUGUUGGAUUUAGAAAUUCAUGCUGUGUUUCCUUUAGGUUGACAUCCAUCCAUGAUGAGUGGUCCGUUUCUUAUUCAUUGAAGUAGCCACUACUUUUCGUUUUUUGGCAUACAGAUGUAUGUUUUUCAAUUGUAUGAGUACGAUUUUGUUUUUGUUUGUCACAUGCAGGUGCAGCCACAUGGCAAGGUGCCUGCUGAUGUUCUUGUUUUCUUUGGGGUUGUUGUUGGAGACGAGGUUUGGAUUGAAUCACGAAGGAGUACUAAUGAGUGUGAGUCUAGCUUUUGCUGGUCUUGAUCGGGCGUUACCAUAGUUUCAGACAAGUGACUUACGCAUAAUCUCCUGCCAUCUGCUGCAGGACUGCCACUCUGUCGCGGCAAAGACGAGAAGUGUAACUUCAGCUAUUUUGCUGUGUACGACCAGCUUCCGCCUGUUGCAC